AUGACUGCAGAACUACCAAGCUUAAAACACUUGAAGGAAGCGAUUCCUAACUCAUGUUUCGAUCCGUCCCUUUGGACCUCCCUGAGCUACCUUGCUCGCGAUAUCCUCUAUGCCGCAGCUCUGGUUUACUCUACAACUUACAUCCCGCUGCUGGAAAGUGGUUCCCUGCGGUUCUUGGCAUGGUGCAUCUACGGCCUCCUGCAGGGGUUCGUGGGCACCGGCCUAUGGAUCCUGGCCCACGAAUGCGGCCACGGCGCCUUCUCUUUGUAUCCGCUGCUAAACGACAUCAUCGGCUGGAUUCUACAUUCCACCCUGCUGGUGCCCUACUUCUCCUGGAAGAUCACGCAUGCGCGCCACCACCGGUACUCGGGCCACAUGGAGAAAGACACUGCGUUCGUUCCACCGACUAGAGCAGAGUAUGCGGCAAAGCGGCGCAGGUGGAUGGACGACCUGGAUGAUCUCGUCGAAGACACCCCCCUCAGCACGCUGCUGAAAUUUGCAGCUCACCAGCUGCUGGGGUGGCAGGCCUACCUCCUUUUUUACGCCACCGGGGCGAAAGCAUCGAUUUCCCGUUCGGAGACGCAGACUUGCACUUCCCUGCCCCUCUCGCAUCUGUCCCCCGAUAGCCUGCUUUUUUAUCCCAAGCAACGACCAUCCGUGCUACUCUCCGACCUCGGUAUGGCCCUCACCAUCCUAGGUCUGGUGCACCUAAGCUCCAUUCUCGGCCCCUCGCAAGUGAUCCUCCUGUACAUUUUACCCUAUUUCUGGAUCCACCACUGGAUAGUGGCCAUAACCUACCUCCACCACACCCACCCGCAGAUCGCGCACUAUUCCUCCGAGACCUGGUCCUUCACGCGGGGCGCGCUGGGCACCGUCGACCGCAGCUUCGGGUUCAUCGGGCGGCAUUUCUUCCAUCACAUCAUCGACCACCAUGUCAUUCAUCAUCUGUUCCCCGGCAUCCCGUUCUACCGGGCCGAGGAAGCUACCCUGGCGGUGAGGCCGCUGCUGGGGGCGGAGUAUAUCGAGUUGCGGGAGGAGAAUUUCUUGAUCACGCUUUGGCGGACGUUUCGGCAGUGUCGGUUUUGUCAAGCGGUAUGGCGCUCUGCUCCAUAUGUCUUGGAGUACGGCUACUGCAUUUAG